ACGCACCAUCCUCACGGUAGUAAACUGCUGAGUGCGGACUGAUCUGAUCGAGUAACUACCCACACUGAGACGUUGUCGAGAGAUUAUCUAAUACCGCUUGCAUUCUGUUAUUAAUACCUUCGGUCGGUAAAGCCUCUUCGGGGCUCUCUUGAGGGUGACAUCCUGGAAGCACCCGGAGAACCGCGGAUAUCAACGCGGCAAGGAUGCUCCGUCCCCAACGGCAGGUGUGAAGAGAUGGCCGUGGAACCGCCGACGGGAACCGGUCGAGUGGUUCUUGUCAAGAAGAUCAUCAUGAAAGACGGAGCCGCGCUCCAGCAGGGUAUAGGCCGACCCAGUGUGUACCAUGCAGUUGUGGUCAUUUUCCUGGAGUUCUUCGCCUGGGGUUUGCUGACCACACCCAUGCUCACAGUGCUGCAUGAAACAUUUCCACAGCACACAUUCCUGAUGAAUGGACUCAUUCAAGGUGUGAAGGGUCUUCUGUCAUUCAUGUCUGCCCCUCUGAUUGGUGCAUUGUCGGACGUGUGGGGGAGGCGUUCAUUCCUGUUGGUCACUGUCUUCUUUACCUGUGCCCCAAUCCCCCUAAUGAGACUCAGCCCCUGGUGGUACUUCGCCAUGAUCUCCAUGUCGGGGGCGUUCUCUGUCACCUUCUCUGUCAUCUUUGCCUACGUUGCAGAUGUGACGGAUGAGAGAGAGAGGAGUACAGCCUAUGGUCUGGUGUCGGCUACAUUCGCCGGCAGUCUGGUGACCAGCCCGGCAAUCGGGGCAUAUUUGUCAGCAUGGUAUGGCGACAACCUGGUGGUUCUGGUGGCUACACUGAUCGCUCUCGUCGACAUCUGCUUCAUCCUGCUUGCCGUACCUGAGUCUCUGCCAGACAAGAUGAGGCUUAACACCUGGGGAGCGCCUAUAUCCUGGGAACAGGCUGACCCCUUCGCUUCUCUGAGGAAGGUGGGCCAGGACCCCACAGUCUUACUCAUCUGUAUCACUGUGUUCCUGUCAUACUUACCAGAGGCUGGACAGUACUCCAGCUUCUUCCUCUACCUGCGACAGGUCGUCAAUUUCUCCUCGACAACAAUUGCUGUUUUUAUUGGAGUUGUGGGAAUUCUGUCCAUUGUUGCACAGACCCUCGUACUCACACUGCUAAUGAGGACUCUGGGUAAUAAAAAUACUGUUCUAUUGGGUCUCGGUUUCCAAAUUCUUCAGCUGGCCUGGUAUGGCUUUGGAUCAGAGCCUUGGAUGAUGUGGGCAGCUGGUGCUGUCGCAGCAAUGUCCUCCAUAACCUUCCCUGCAGUCUCAGCUCUGGUGUCGCAGUCUGCUGAUCCUGACAAACAAGGUGUGGCUCAGGGAAUGAUAACAGGUAUCAGAGGUCUGUGUAAUGGUUUAGGUCCAGCUCUGUAUGGAUUCAUCUUCUUCCUCUUUGAUGUGGAGCUCAACACCAUGGAUCCCAUCCAGGGAGACUUUGAUCCCCUACCUCUUCACAGUCCCACUGAGCAAACGCUCAUCCCUGGCCCACCUUUCCUUUUGGGGGCAUGUACAGUGGUUGUCGCCUUCCUCGUUGCUCUCUUCAUCCCAGAGAAAGCAUCCUCUGGCUCUCCAUCCUCUCAGCUGCCUCUUAGUGACAAGCCCCGCCCAGCUAGCAAAGAGUCGCUGUCCUCACUGGCAGGCGUCCAUAUCAACACACCUCUCCCAGGCAGUGACGAAGAAACUCCUCCCACCACCAGUGAUGAGGACUUUGAGCCUCUGCUGCAGGACAGUAUUGUUUGAUGGACCAGUGUAAGGACCACAGCGUGUGGGACUAACAUUUUAACUGGAUUGAUUGUUUUUUGUGUAAAAGAAGAGCACAUUUCCAUUGCUGCUGGGUGAGUAAAGGUUCAGUGACUUGAUCGUCUGAAGUUUGUGAUUGACAGCAUGAUGCUCCAAUCGCAUUUAAGCUUUUACCGGAGGACAGGACUGGCAUUAUACUGGACUGACCAGCAUACCCAGCAGUCAUUUUAACAGAAUGGCAGCCGCAAAGUGCUCCAAAUGUGAAGCUAGUGUUUAACUGGAUAAAGACAAGUAUUUGGUUGAUAAAAUGAGGUUGUGAACGACAACACCACCCUGAUAAUGUCACCAGGUUUUGAUUUGAUCGAAAGAUGAAGCAUAAACAUUUUUGGUUUCCCAAGAGUUUUCUUAAAUGUUGUGUCACAUUUCUGGUAAUUAACUAGCUCAACUGAAAGACAAAGUUUUUAAGGUGGGAUUGUUGUAUAUCUUUAUACUUAAAGUGGAAGAAAUGUUUUUAUUUAUUUUUUUUAUUGAAGGAAGUUAUCAUAUUCAGCGGUAUCGUUUUAAAGCGGAAUUGUACUGCUAGUUUUUUUUUAUUGGUUAUUGUAUAAUUGAAACAUGUCUGAAACAUAUUUACGGCUGCUAAAGCUUCUGUGUUGAUUUGUACAUUUCUACUUGAUGAGCAAGAAUAAGAUAUGAGAUGCUAUAAUAAUCCAGAAGAUGAGUCAGCCACAUAAAAUAAAUUUCAUUGUUAAGAUGUAUAUUUAAUUCCAUCCAUCCAUCUGGAACAUGGCCUACUCGGACUCAGUGUCCCCGUCACCUUCCCCGGGACGUGGUCAAGGUUCUGCUGGAGAUGGGAGUUGAAACUCCUCCCCUCGGGGUCUCUGCCAGACAUUCUCAUUAGACCCUCGCCAUAUGUUUCGGCCGCCACCCAGUUUACAUUACACCCACCCACUUUGCACCUCCCACAGGUGGUGAGCGCAUGGGAAGGAGGACCCACAUUGUCUCGUCAGGCUGUGUCUGACCAAGCCCCAUGGGCUCAGGCACUAGGCCCUUGCCAUUGAGCCCCAUCUCCAGGCCUGGCUCCUGAGGGGAACUCUGGUUACCUCUGUCCUGGAAAGGAAAAACACACUUCAAUUUUGUUAGUACUCACAGGAGGUUUUAAGCUGUGCUUUGUCUGGUCCCUCUCGUAAGACCUGUUUGCCCUAGUUGAACCCACCAGGGGCAUAUAAAGCCCUCCACCACAGUAAGGCGAUGACUAAAGGAAGAGUAAAUUCCUUAUUAACAAACAAAAAUAACACAAAAGAAAGUUAUGAAAUCACUCCAUCCAUCCAUUUUCCAUACAUUAUUUGUCGCAGGCAAACUGGAGGUUAUCCCAGCUGACUUUGGGUGUGAGGCGAGGCACAACCUGGACAGGUCGCCAGUCGAUUGCAGGACACAAAUAGACAAACAGCCAUUAACAUUCACAUUAAAUUAGCCUAACAUGCAUUUUUUUUGGAAUGUGGGAAGAAGACCAAGUAUUAAAUAAUAUACAAUACAUUAAUAUUUAGCUUUAGAAAAUAUUGAAAAGCUAAAUAAACUUUAAGGUGGGUAGUAACAGAGCAUCUGCUUAUAUUUGAAGUCAGUUGCCAAGUUUUGUUUCACUACCUCAGAUCACAUUCAACCUGUUUACUUAUCAUGUAUUAGAAUUGUUUUAUAAUAUACUAUAUUUAAAAUGGGAGUGUGAAAUUG